AUGAACAAGGUGGAGUUGGAGGCCAGGGUGGAUGGAAUGACUGAUGAGAUAAACUUCCUGAGGGCACUCUAUGAAAAUGAACUGCGUGAGCUGCAGAACCAGAUCUCAGAUACUUCUGUGGUGCUUCAGAUGGACAACAACCGAAACCUGGACUUGGACAGCAUCAUCGCUGAAGUCAAAGCUCAGUAUGAGGAGAUUGCCAAUAAGAGCAGGAUUGAGGCAGAAAGUUGGUAUCAAAGCAAGUAUGAAGCCCUGCAAGCCAGUGCUGGGAAGCAUGGCGAUGACCUGCGGAACACAAAGAAUGAGAUUGCUGAGAUUAACCGCACAAUCCUGAGAAUGCAGGCUGAGAUUGAGAAUGUGAAAAAUCAGGUGAGUAGCUGGAAAGAACUCUUUGUGGGGUUUUCCGUGAUACAACACACACACACACACAUUGACUUAAAUGAAUUAUGGGGAUGUUCCUGCAUAGGCCAAACAGGCUCUACUCCCCACAUCUCUUGUGACUUUGUGCUUCUAUAAUUGCCAACUUGGUGU